AUGUCCCAGGCGACGAACUAUCGCGAGUUUGGCGCUGGCAGCUCGACGGUGCUGGCUGCCACGCGGUUCAGGAACAUCAGGAGUAUAAUGUCCACGGAUUCGGACGAGAAGGUCGUGAGGAAUUUGCUGGCCCGUGCCGACGUCGCUCCAGAGGCGGACAGCGGGCGCCUGGUGCUGAGGCACGCGGACGUCGGCCCUGUCGAUCUGUGGGGCACCCCGACGGACUCACGCAAGUCGUCCAUGUGGCCAGCGUAUUCGUCGUACAACGGCUCGUGGAGCGACUUCAACCCGCCGUUCUGGUUCGACAUGGUGUUCGUCAAUGGGCACUUCCGCGUCGCGUGCUUGUUGAAGGCGCUGAAAGCGACAGCCCCCAGCCACAUCUCCAAUACGGUUUUCGCUGUGCACCACUACGUCCCCCGGUCGAUCGCUUGGAGGUUACCAGCGUCUGGUGUGACGCAGGUGGUUGAUACCAUCAUGAUGCAAUUCGCGGAUCGCGUCGAGCUCCCCGCUCAGCAGAUACCGGAGCAGUGGGUCAAUAUGUCUCGCGAGGAGAACUACGCGGUUUAUGACAACGACAACGUCCUCACCAUCCUCCGGAAGAGGGCCGAUUGCGACGAGAUGGAGCUCGACAAGGCAAUUGCGAAGUGGGAGCGCGAAAUCCAGUAG